AUGAACAGAACCUUCAGCAUGAGGGCAGGGCCCGGGGGCAGGUCCUACAGCGCUGCCUCGGCCAUCGUGCCCAGCAGCAGCAGGGCUGGCUUCAGCUCCGUGUCCGUGGCACGGGCAGGAGGAGGAGGAGGAGGAGGAGGAGGGGGCGGCUUUGGGAGGCUCGUCGGGGGAGGUGGAGGCGGUGGCGGGGGAGGUUUUGGCAGCAGGAGCCUCUACAACCUCGGGGGCAGCAAGAGGAUCUCCAUCGGGGUCGGGAGCAGCUUCAGGGCCGCCUUUGGGGGGGGAGCUGGAGGGGGCUCCGGGCUGGGAGGGGGGGCUGGCGCUGGGCUCGGGCUGGGGCUCGGCGGGGCAGGAGGAGGGUUCGGCUUCGGUGGAGGGGCUGCGGGGCCGGGCUUUGGGGGCGGGCUCGCGGGACCAGGAGGGAUCCCGGCGGGAUUCGCCGGUGGCCCCUCCGGGGUCGGCACAAUCCAGGAGGUGACGGUGAACCAGAGCCUGCUGGCCCCCCUGAACCUGGAGAUCGACCCCAGCAUCGGCCAGGUGCGCAAGGACGAGAAGGAGCAGAUCAAGAGCCUCAACAACAAGUUCGCCUCCUUCAUCGACAAGGUCCGGUUCCUGGAGCAGCAGAACAAGGUGCUGGAGACCAAGUGGACCCUCCUGCAGGAGCAGGGGCAGAAGAACAACUCCGGCAAGAGCAGCCUGGACCCGCUGUUCGAGGCCUACGUGGGCAACCUGCGGCGGCAGCUGGGCAACCUCCUGGGCGAGAGGGGCCGCCUGGACGGCGAGCUCAGGAACAUGCAGGACCUCGUCGAGGACUUCAAGAACAAGUACGAGGAGGAGAUCAACCGGCGCACGGCGGCCGAGAACGAGUUCGUGGUGCUCAAGAAGGACGUGGACGCUGCCUACAUGACCAAGGUGGAGCUGGAGGCCAAGGUGGACGCGCUGAGCGACGAACUCAACUUCCUGCGCGCCCUCUACGAGGCGGAGCUGGCCCAGCUCAGCGCCCAAGUGUCCGACACGGCCAUCAUCCUGUCCAUGGACAACAACCGCGACCUGGACCUGAGCAGCAUCAUCGCCGAGGUGAAGGCGCAGUACGAGGACAUCGCCAACCGCAGCCGCGCCGAGGCCGAGGCCUGGUACCAGACCAAGUUCGAGGAGCUGCAGGCCACGGCGGGCAGACACGGCGACGACCUGCGCAACACCAAGGGGGAGAUCUCGGAGCUCAACCGGCUCAUCCAGAGGAUCCGCUCCGAGAUCGAGAACACCCGGAACCAGUGUGCCACCAUCCAGACGGCCAUCGGGGACUCCGAGGAGCGCGGCGAGCUGGCCCUCAAGGACGCCAAGGCCAAGAUGAUGGACCUGGAGGACGCCCUGCAGAAGGCCAAGGCCGACAUGGCCCGGCAGCUCCGCGAGUACCAGGAGCUCAUGAACGUCAAGCUGGCCCUGGACAUCGAGAUCGCGACCUACAGGAAGCUGCUGGAGGGGGAGGAGAGCAGGCUCAGCGGGGAGGGACUGACCCCCAUCAGCUACUCUGUGAUCAGCUCCAGCUCCGGCCUGGCCGGCGGGGCCGGCCUGGGAGGAGGAUUUGGCGGCGGGAGCGGUUUCGGUCUCGGAGGCGGCGGCGGAGGAGGAGGAGGAGGAGGAGGAGGAAGCUACAGCUUUGGAAGUGGAGGAGGACUCGGACUCGGGGGUGGAGGUGGUGUUGGAGGUGGAUUUGGAGGUGGCCACGGAGCAGGAGGCGGCGGCAGCAGCCUGAGCACCAGCGGGGGCAACUUCAGCUCCGGGAGCGCCAAAGGCACCAACCCCGGGGUGAAAAUCGUCUCCAAAACCUCCUCCAGCAAAAAGAGCAUAAAGAGCCAGAGCCUGAAGAACGCCACGGAGCCCGAGUAGAACCCAGCCCGGGCCCUUCCCAGACCAUCCUCCUGCUCCUCCUGCCCCUCCUGCCCCCGUCCUGCCCCUCCGUCCCCUCGCCCGCCCCGGCCCAGCUCCGCAGUUCUCACACCUCCGGAUCACAGGCCAAGGAAAACGCCUCAGUCGGAGCUCCCCGAGGCCUUGAGACGGGAUUAAAAGGAAAACGUGGGCCUAAGGGACUGUUCCAAAGGGGAAUCGGUUUGUUUUUCCGUUUGUUUGUUUUUAAUGAGGUUUGUAAUUGUGGCCACCCAGCAGCCUCAGCCGAGACGGAGCGGAGAGCAGAGAGUGAGGAGGCAAUAAAUGGGGUUUUAGCUCAGUUCUGCUCCCCAGCAGCCCAGGGAUGGGCUGGGAAUGUGGUUUUAACUCCCCCUGCACCUCUGGGAUGAUCCCAACUCGCUCCUCCACGUUCAGGAACUCCCCUUUGCCGGGGAUGGGGGUUAUUUUUCUGCUGUGUAGAAACCCCCCGGGAGCUGCUGAGAGAUCCCAGGCAGUGGUCUGUGAGCGUGAGGCCCCUCUUAAAAACAUCCCUCAUUCUGGGAGCACAGAGCCUGCUGGGAGCCACUCCAGCGGGAUGAAAAAUCCCUCUUUUCCCCGUUCACGGCCAGGGUUGGAAAACCAGGAUCAACCAGGAUCCUCCAGGCCCCUGAGCCCAGCCAGGGGUUCAGAGUGAUGGAAUCAGGGAGCAGCCUGAGGUGCCUCCACCUGAAAAGUGCCACCCUCGGGGGGAGGGGGGUGAUUCGAGUUGCCACGAGCUUAUCCAAAGGCUUUUCCCACAUUUCUCUCCCAUUCCUGUCCUGGGCACCUGCCACGUGACCUCACGGAUGUGCUUUGCCAGAGGGUUCAGCGGUGGCUGAUCCCAAACUUAUGGAAAAGGGCUCGUUUUCCAAACUGUAGGAUUUUUCAAGUUCUAAACGAUGUGUGAGACCAAGAGUCCUCUGAAAGCAAGGGCAGUGUUUGCAGAACUGGGUUUCUGUCCCGUCUCGUGCGGGGUUUUUUUGCUGGAAUGGCUCAAAAAAUUCCCAGAUCAUCCCACAGUCCAAGUCCCGCCGACCUUUCCCACUGCCUCGGUCGAGGUGAAAGGCUGAGCCGGUGGAAAUCACCCUGGAAAAGCUGCCUGAAGGGCCUGGUCCACCUCUCCUGGGGGAAUUCCAACUUCUCCCCCACGUCUGGGCUCCUCUGCCGAAGGAAAGACCUUUUGGGAAACUGGGAAGUGCAGCAGGUGGGAAACGAGGCAACGGGGAGCAGGAUCCCAAAGGAAUCCCGGAGCCCCAAAGCUGAUUUCCCCUUUCCUGAUGGAAUUUACCCCUCUGACCUCCCACCGUCUCUUCUUGAUUUUUGGAAAGUCCCAUUAAAAAAAGAAAACUGCAGCUUUUGAUACUUCCAUGGUGUUUUCCUUCCCCUCUCUCUUUUUUUGGGAACGUGUCCAAUAAAACCGGAUUGUAAUUUA